AUGAAUACCAAUGCUGAAUUUAAUCUUCGAUUUACGAAAAAAAUGAUUGAAAAAGAAGCAUCUGCAGCUGAAAAAAAAUAUGAAGCAAGUCGAAAAAAAGCAUUAGAUGCAUUGAAAAAAUCGGGUGAUGUUGAAACGGCUCGUAUCUAUGCUGAAACAGCUAUUCAAAAUCGAACAUCACAUAAUCAAUUUCUUAUUAUGGCUUCACGUAUUGAUAGUGUGAUUUCUAAAAUUCAACAAGCAAAUGCACAAAGCGUCAUGGUUAAAAAUAUGAAACAAGUUAAUAAAAUGCUUGAGCAUGUAAAUAAGGAUAUGAAUGCUGCGGAAUUAGCUAAAGUUAUGGAAAAAUUCGAACAAUCAUUCGAAGAUUUUGAUGUUAAAGAUAAGGUAAUGAAUGAUGCAAUGAAUAAUGCUAUGGCAACAAGUACACCAACUGAAGCUGUACAUGAUCUUUUACGUCAAAUUGCUGAUGAAAAUAAUUUAGAUAUUCGUGCACAACUCGAUGCUACUCCAGCAAUUCCACAAACAAUACAUACACCAGCGCAACAAGUGGCUGCGGAACAAAAUCAACGUUUAGCUGCUCUUCGUCACGCGACAUAA